CGUUCUCUCCCGUCUUCUCCCUCCCACUUCUGAGCGAGAGUGCCUAGCCAGCAGCACGCUCCUGUCUCUCUCACACUCACACUCUCCGUCUCUCUCUCCUCUCUCGCUCCCUCUCUCUCUCUUACUCUCUCUCAGUCAAAGGGGGGAUUCUCCGUAACCAGCUGUAUCUUAAUGUGAUCCUCUCUUCUCAUCACCAUUUCAUUGAUGUUCUCUCGUUUUUUGUUUUAUUUUCUCUUCUGAAUUAAAUUACUCUGCUGCCGGUGUCACAGCUGGCGUCCAAUGUUUGGAUGCUACCAAGGUGCACAAAACGUAGAGGGAAUGGAAGAGAACUUUUAAGGCUGCUACCAGUGGGUCUUUCUCUUGAAUAGACACGCUGGAUUGGUUCAUUUGCUGUUGAGAGACUAGUCAACAAUGGCAGGAUUUUUGUUGUAGUGGAUGACUCAUUUAGGUUAUUUUCCUCCCUUGAAACUGCUGGAUACAGAUUCUGUUUUUCUUUCUUUUGUUCCACCUGCAUGUUUCACCUCUCAGCUACUCUGUAGAAUCUUUUGGGACUUUUAUGGAGUGUGAAAUUUUUGCAGCAAGUGUGAAGUUUGGAUGAGCAAAGUGAUACGAAGCAUGGCUGAUGGAACUGCAGCUGAGUGUUGAACCCUUCUGUCCAGGGAGGCAGUCCAGAUAUGACCACAGUGUCCAUGGAGCCUGUGGGAGUCCUCGUGGAAAGGGGCGCCAAUGCCACCGACUCCCCUCUGAACACGCAUGAGGACACAGCCGCUACUUUUACCAUCGGCACCAUCCUCUCCAUCAUGUGCCUCGUUGGAGUCUCUGGGAACAUCUACACCCUGGUGGUCAUGUGCCACUCCAUGAGGACUGCAGCCUCUAUGUACAUCUACAUCAUAAACUUGGCUUUGGCAGAUCUGCUGUAUCUUCUUACCAUACCCUUUGUAGUCUGUACACACUUCCUAAAGGGAUGGUACUUUGGGGACGCAGGGUGUCGGAUUCUGAUCAGCAUGGACUUCCUGACCAUGCAUGCCAGCAUCUUCACGCUGACAAUCAUGAGCACAGAGCGCUACUUUGCUGUGCUCAAGCCACUUGACACAGUCAAGCGGUCUAAAAGUUACCGGAAGGCCAUCGCUCUGCUGGUCUGGGCUGCAUCUCUCAUCCUCACCCUACCGAUGAUCGUGAGCCUUCAGCUAAUGGCAGUGGGAAACAAGGCUAUGUGUCAGCCCACCUUGUCGCCACUCUCCUACAAAGUUUACAUCUCCUUCCUCUUCUGCACUAGCAUUGUCGCUCCAGGACUGAUCAUUGGCUAUCUCUACAUCCAGCUUGCACGCACUUAUUGGGUUUCACAGACGGAGACCUUCAAACAGACCAAGAAACUACCCAACCAAAAGGUGCUGUACCUGAUCUUCACCAUUGUGCUCCUCUUCUGGGCAUGCUUCCUGCCUUUCUGGAUAUGGCAACUUCUGGGUCAGUUCAAACCCUCACUUUCCCUGUCCACCAAAGCCAAACGCAACAUCAACUACCUGACCACGUGUCUGACGUAUUCCAACAGCUGCAUCAACCCUUUCCUGUACACUCUGCUCACCAAAAACUACAAGGAGUACCUGAGGAAGCACAAGCGGUCCUGGACAGCUGGCAGCUACUUCAACAGGAGGAGCCGCUUUCAGCGUUCGCCACGCAGGUCGCCAUCUUCCAGCAGUCAGCAGUGCACCGAGAGCUUUAUGCUCACGCACACAGCUUCCCUGCGAGCACACAACAGCAGUUUGUAAGAUAUGACUGGGCUGUUCUGGCUGGGGAAGAGGAAGAAAGGACAGAAAGAAUCCAUUGGGAGAUGACACAAACCGCAUCAGACCCUGAACUCCUCACCAACACAACUUUGAAAGAGGAUGAAAAAGAUCAAAGUUUCUUUUGUACCUGCAGUUCAAUCUGUGUGGACACAGUGGCAGUGUAUGAGCAGGAACUGAAUGAGAAGCUGGUUGCUGUUUGUGCAAAGUAGACGUCUGCAUUUAUUUGUCACUCCCAGAAUUUCCUGAGUCAUGAGGAGAAAAGACCAGUGUCUUACACAGCAGAACAGAGACCUUUCGACUUUUACUCUCCCUCUUUUAUGUUUACCCUCUGUCUCUCCCAUGGUGCAUUAUUUCGGCCUACAUGAGAAAGUGUCUUUGAAAACUGUAAUUUCUUGGUGACGGAGAGGAGUUGUGCACACAGAGACAACAGGAGAGUGAAGCUGUUGGGCAACAUUAUCGAACCAUCAGCGGUGUGUUUUACAAAAAAGGAAACUUGUAAUUCCAUUCAAGUUGACGUGAGAAAAAAAAGAGUCUGGCAUGUGACAUCUUAAAUCCACGACAGAUACAAAUGCAUGAAAGAGCUUCAGCUGUAGCAAGAGAACGCUUUUAGAGCACAUCUGGAAUGUUCGUGUUUUAACGGCAAGCCAGCGUUCAGACCGACUGCAGCACUGCUCCAUUCAUUCCCAUUCACCACGAAAACAACAAGUUGAACCUGACUCCACAUAAUGCGACAACUUCCAGGAAGAUACUGCGAUCAUAUUUGUGCAAAGGUACAUUUCUGGUAGAUUACUUUGUAGUGAGAAUUUUUCUGUUUACUUCACAGUCGUCGUGACAAAAGAUAUAGUAAUAUUUCUAGAGUUAUAAAAUCCUUUCUCAUGGUAUUAUAAAUCACUGUGCAGUGUUUUGCCGACUGUUUCUUAAAGUGCACUUUUCUGGAUUGCAUAACACAGUGCUGUUAUCGGUCUGAACGACUAGUAAUGCGGACGAUAUUAUGUGUUUUUCUUAUCAUCAACAAAUCCCAUGAAAAGACCAAAACCAACACUGAAUGGAUCCUGCUAACGAGUCCUCUGUGCUAUAGACCUCAAUUAUUGUCUAACUAGACUAAAGGGCCGUACACACCAAGAACGAUAACUAUAAAUAUAUCUUUUAAAAAAUCGAGUCCACACCACAACUAUAACGAUGACAGUGGUGAACAAUAUCGUUGGGAUCACUUUCAAACCAAUUGUAGGAAUAAUAUUGUAAUAUGAGACUGUACGUAGUUUAACUGCUUUAAGCUAAAUGCUAACGCCUGCAUGCUAACAUGCUCAUAAUGACGAGGCUAACAUGCUGAUGAUAACAUUUAAUAUUUAGUUUGACAUUUUAGGUCAACAUUUUAGCAUAAUAUAGAAAAAUUCGAUUGAUACCUUCAGUAGGAAGAUACAGUAAGGGCCACUGACAGGUUAGAAGAGUCAUAAAGUAUUCAGACGGACUAACAGCCUGUUGGUUUUGGUCAUUUCAGGGGAUUUCUUUUAUUUUACUUGAAUGAGAAAAAUAAGGAGAAACGGCAGCCCUAUGUGCAAAACAAGGUGGUCCUUUAAUCUGUGAAAACAUCAGAACCAUGCUUUAAACUUAAACUAAAAUAAAUUGUAAAAAGAAGAACUGCACAAUGCUAUCAGUCAUAACGAAACACAGAAAAGCCAAAAGUGCUUUUUAUGUGUAUUUUCUCAGAUGUAUAAAGCUCCUCUGAGGCCUCUAUUGCCAUCCUGGGCCAGUGGAACAUGUUAUGGCUUCAAUUCUGAUACAAGAAAGGAUACAAAGAGCGUGAGCACAGUUGCAGGUAGGAACCAAGCUGUUACAUCUCUAUUGAUUUCACUCCCAGAGCAGCAGGAGACAAGCUGCAAACAUUGCCUGGCUGGUGCAUAUUAAACCAAUCUAUCCUCUGAAGAAAUCUUGUACUUGGAUUUGGGAGGUUUUGCAUGCUGGAGCUUGAAACGUGGGAGGAAUUUACACAGAUCUCAGUGCGAGAUCUGAAGCAUAUUUUAGAUACUGGCUUUGUAUUCAUAUAGCCCACACUGUACACAUGAGAAAUCAACACUAGCCGUGUUAAUAUGCAUUUGAGUAAAGCCAGAUUUCAUACCCUGUGAUUGAGUCUCCGAUGUCAUAAAUAAUCCAAUUUACUGGCCAAGAUAGAACUGCCUUCCAGCCAAAAAGUAUUACAAGGUUUGGUUGCUUUCUGUCCUCUUUGACUGAGCUGUAGCUUAAAUGGAAUACAAAAAAAGGGAGUGAUAAUAAAAAUGGUGUAUAAUAGCACUGGGCCCUACUUUGCAUUUGAGUAAGUGACUGUUGGUGAUUUUAAAGCUUUUUGACUCUCCUCCUGCACUGUCACAUAUGUAAAACAAAACUUUACUUUCCACAUUUGUCAUUCAUGAGGAGGCUGGUCUCCUGUGCCAGGGGGCUUUUCAAAGUCGGAAAAAAUAAACUUCAUGAUUUCAUUAGGGUUGGGCCUGAAGACUUUACAUUCUUCUGGGAUUGGAAACUAGUUAACUAGUUAGGUUGAAUGAUAAAUGAUUCAAUCUUGCAAAUCUUCUCAUUAAAAAAGUGUUAUCAGACUAUACAGAUCAAAUUCUGAUAGUGAAAUGAGUCAUUUACCUGCUUUUUAACUUUUGCUAAGCUAGUGGCAAGGCUAACUUUCCAGUGUCUGUGCUAUAGUGUCAGGCUAUGGCUAUGUAGUAGAGACGUUGGUUUAAUAGGAGCUUUUAUAGGUUUGGUUGGUAACAAAAACAAAAAACAAAAAACAAAAGCUAUUGCAAUUCAAUUGUAAUAGCCGGGUUUCAACCAGUAGAGGAUAGUCGCUAUGCAUUUUUAUAGCAAAAUAUGUAGAAUUCAAAUACACUAAAAUGUCAAGAUUUGGACCUGAAUCAAUCAACAACACUAGUAUUACCCAUAUACAUAGGUUUUCAACUGGUUUUGGGGUUCAGUUACUCAUGUAAGAUUGUGAUUUUGGUUAAAUUUUAAUACAAAAUCUUAUGUCUUAAGUCACUGCUGACUGUUGAAUAAUGCUGUUUGAUUGCCUAUUUUGGUGGAAAACAAAGCAAAUGCGUUAUCAGUGAACAUUUCUGUCAGUAUCAACAUUUUUAUGACUUGUUAGGUAUGUUAAUUAACAGCAUUUUCUCAUUAGGUUACUAAAAAUUGUAAUUAGGUUUGCAUUACAAUUCCCUCAAAACGUAUUUGCUGUUGCAGAUUAAUGCUAUACAAACAUAAAUACUAGGAGACAAGGCUGCCUUUAAUAGAGCUUUUAAAUUCAAUGUUGCAGAAAAUUGUUGUAGAAUAUUGUAACAACCUGGAUUGCAUCGCUAAUAUACACAGUAUAUACAGUUUGUACCCCAAUUCAUUGAAUUCACUUCCGUUUAUCAGUCAGUUGAGGUUAGGAGGAGAGCAGGAGAGUUUCCGAAUCAGAGCAAAACGCUCAAAUUGUCGCGGGGUAAUAACAAAGCUUCACAAUCCUUUCAUUACAUUUUUUUUCAAUCGCCACAAUCAGCCAUCCUACAGUAUAUCCUACUCUUAAAACCCUCACUCUGGAUUACGCCACAUUGCCUCACUACUCCACUGUCAGCUGUCACUGAAGCCGGUCAUCAUUCAUCCACAAUCCAGAAGCAAAACCUAGAUCUCUGGACUGGACUGACUUAACUAUAAGUGAAAAAUUUAUUUUAUUUUAGGUUUUUUUUUUGUUUUGUUUUGUUUUUUCAGACUGAAUUCAGUUGAUCUUUUUUGAUCCAUGAACAGGACCUAAUUUCUUUUUUUUAUUAUUAUUAUUAUUUUCACUUUUUGGAAAUGAACUGAUCCUAGAAAAGAAAACCCAUAGUGGAAUUUUGAGUUUGGAUUAUCUCUGUUUUUGAUUAACUUUGGGACUGUGGGAUUUUGGGGUUUUUUUUGGUGAAAAUUUGAAAAAUAUAUCUUUGAUUUUUGACUCAAGAGGAUGUGUUUGUGUUCUUAAUUUCAUCCUUAUGGGCAGUUUGAUUUUAACCUUUUAAAAAACAAAAACACUACAAAACAAGAACGAUAAAAAACUUCUAGACUAUCUUAAAUGCAAGGAGAGAGACCUGGCUGGCACCUAUCUAAAUACCAUAUAAAAAUUAGAGACCCUAAGUCAAACUGUUACAUUAUGAGUACCUGAAUAACACCUUAAUAAUGGACCAAAAUCAGCACCUGUCUUCUGCAAUUGGUGACAAGCAGUUCUUACUGAAUUAUAAUAUUUUGGCAAAAGUUCUCUGGUGUGUUCCCCGGUUUGAUUCUGGCUUGCCAUCUUUGUUGCAUGCCAUGCCCCUCCCCUCUCCACCCUUAUUUCUUGUCUAUCGUGUCAUUAUAAACUAAACAAAAAGAAAAAAAACAAUUAAAAAAAUAAUAAAUAAAUAUGCUGUCACUGCUACAUUCUGAAAGUCAUUGCCUGCUUUUGUAAGAGAUGCCAUACCAUUUAAUCUCAAGUUUCUGGACACCUGAUGAAUGUGAGUCCAGUAUACUCUGAACACAAAGUAUAGAUCUGCAGCCCAAUAGGUCUGCAGCUGCUAGAUGUUGCUUCCGCUUUCUGCUACUUGUUGCUCAGCAGGUAGGGAUGUCUAUAAUUGUCAGAGCUUCUGGGCUGGAAAUGAUUGCCAGCACUUUAGCUGUGUAUUAAGACAGAACGAAAUGCAAAUUUUUGAGGUGGUGAAUUUGUAUAUGAAGUUGAUAGACAGGCACGAUUAGACGCAAAUCACGUGUAUGCACAAAUUGAUAAUGUUUCAUGUUUCAAUCCUGGGUCUUUAUGAAUCUGCUUCGUAAACACACUGACAAGAGGAAAAAGUAUGACAGACCAAUUACGGAGCCGGGGCACGGGAAGUGGGAGACUGCAGUGAAAUAACAGAAAGAAUGGGAGAUCAGUCAGAGGCUAUGUUAAACAUCAGUACAGUCAGUACACUGACUUUUUGGGGCAAAUAAACAGUCACGUGGUGAAAUUCAUGGCAUGAGUUGUUAAUUUGCUUUACUCUCUAUAUGAACAAACCUUAAUAUGGGAUGACUGAUGAGAGCUGUGAGACUGAAGCAUAGAGCUGCAAAGCUGGUUGUUGAUUCUCAGUGAGUUUGGCGCUCUAAGCUGAGCCCAAUGUUAUUACAGUUUUCAUAAAUCUUCAUAAAUGUAAUGUCAUUUAUGGUUGAAUUAAGACCCAAGUCUUGUCAGUCCAAUUCCAUUCAAGCCUUAAAAUAUUUACACCAGAUGCAGAUGAAGAAGGAAAAUCUAGUUUUUUUGACAGUAGCCAGUUUUCUCAUGAAUGUCUCACAAAGCACAGCCUGGUUAUUUCAGCCCCCUUAUAUGGUUUAUGGUAUUACACAUACAUGAACUUUGUGGGUUAACAACAGAUUUCUCCAUGCAUGUUAAUGUAGCUACUCGGACCGUCAGUGCUUAUCGCCGACCAUUCUUUGGUACAUGUGAUGUGAAAAUCUCCACCUGCUUAAUUAGACUUUGUUAUGAUAAAAUAAGGAAUCAGACACACAGUCCGAUCACAAGGGGUUUGUCUGCCCUUGGCUGAUGUUGUAUUUAUCUUUAAUUGUGUUCUCCCUGUGGGUGGCAGAAGACCUGGAGCUUCAGUGCAAACCAGAUGCUGUUAUUCUGUUAUUCUCAACUGACGAUGAGUGAUGUAAAUUAUGUGCACUCUUAUUAAAAAACUGUUUGACCUCUCUGA